UUCUCGCUCGCUCAUUUUUCGCUGGGCUCGCGACGCAGGCACACGCGACGCGACGCGCACACGCGACGCGCACGACCCGUCGAUGUGAGACGCGGACGACUGCGGCACGGGGACGGGAACUUUUGCUUCCGUGGAGCAACGACAUCCUGCAUCGGGACGCGGCACGCUCUUUAGCAAAGGAUGAGGCAGUGUAAAGGCUGGAGGAGUGGACUGCUGCUUCUGGUCCUGCUGGGUUUUCUGGGGACUUUGUCGCAGAAGCUGCCCACGCGAGAUGAGGGACUUUUCCAGAUGCAGAUCCGAGACAAGUCCAUCUUCCACGACUCGUCCGUCCUUCCCGACGGAGCCGAGGUCAGCGGCUACCUCUUCAGGGACACGCCGAAAAGGUACUACUUUGUGGUGGAAGAAGACAACACGCCGCUGUCGGUGACGGUGACGCCGUGCGACGCGCCGCUGGAAUGGACGCUGACGCUGCAGGAGCUGCCCGAGGAGGCCAGCGGCGAGGCGUCAGGGGAGCCCGAGCCCCUGGACCAGCAGAAGCAGCAAGUGACGGUGGACGAGGGCACAGAGCUGUUCGCCUACAAGGGCAACGACGUGGAGUCCUACGUGGCCACCAGCGCGCCGUCCGGCCUCUACCAGCUGGAACUGCUGUGCACCGAGAAGGACAGCAACUUCAAGGUGUACGCCUCUACCACACCCGAGUCCGACCAGCCCUACCCGGAGCUGCCCUACGACCCUCGCGUGGACGUCACCUCGCUGGGUCGCACCACCGUCACCCUGGCCUGGAAGCCCACGCCCACGGGUUUCCUGAUGGGCCAGCCGGUGCAGUACUGUGUGGUCAUCAACAAGGAGCACAACUUCAAAAGCAUGUGCGCCGCCGAGGCCAAGAUGGGCGCCGACGAUGCCUUCAUGUUCGCGCCCAAGCCGGGGAGGGACUUCAGUCUGUUCGACUUCGCCCACUUUGGCUUCGUCCCGCCCGGCAAAGACCGAGGCCCGAUGAGCAACAAGAUCUCGCGGGCGUACCCGGCCAAGCCCAAAACGUCAGACAUUCACAAGUUGUGCAUCGGAAACAAAAACAUCUUCACCGUCUCCGACCUGAAGCCUGACACCCAGUACUACUUUGACGUCUUUGCCGUCAACUCCGCCACCAACACCAGCACCGCCUACGUGGGCACCUUCGCCCGCACUAAGGAGGAAGCCCGGCAGAAGACGGUGGAGCUCAAGGACGGCAAAGUGUCAGACGUGUUCAUCAAGAGGAAAGGCAGCAAGUUCCUUCGCUUCGCCCCCGUGUCGUCGCACCAGCGGGUGACGCUUUUCGUGCACGCCUGUCUGGAUGCGGUACAGGUGCAGGUGAGGCGCGAUGGCAAGCUGCUGCUCUCGCAAAACGUGGAGGGCGUGCGGCAGUUCCAGCUGCGCGGAAAGCCCAAGGCCAAGUACCUGAUCCGCCUGCGGGGCAGUCGCAAGGGCGCCUCCACUCUCAAGGUGUUGGCCACCACCCGAGCGGGCAGCAAGCAGCCCUUCCCGUCCCUGCCCGAGGACACCCGCAUCAAGGCCUUCGACAAGCUGCGCACCUGCUCCUCCGUCACCGUGGCCUGGCUGGGGACGCAAGAGCGCAACAAAUACUGCGUCUACCGCAAGGAGGUGGCCGACGACUACGGCGAGGAGCAGAGGCGGCGCGAGCAGAACCGCUGCGCCGGGCCCGAGACGCGGCGCAAGUCGGAGAAGGUUCUGUGCAAGUACUUCCACAGCCCCAACCUGCAGAAGGCGGUGACCACGGAGACGGUCGCGGGGCUGGAGGCCGGAAAGAGCUACCUGCUGGACGUCUACGUGGUGGCGCACAGCGGACACUCGGUCAAGUACCAGAGCAAACUGGUGAAAACGAGGAAGUACUGCUAAAAGUGACUGCCAACAGAAGAAGAAAUCUAUUAUAAAUAUAUAUAUGGAAUAAGUUUAUUUAACUCUUUGAAAGAUAUACAGACUGACUACUCACCUGUGGCGGAGACGGAACUGUUGCUGGAGACAUCCACCUGUAUAUUUAUGUUUACAUUUCCCCCACCUCGUCAGCGGGAUCGUCUUUCGAUCGUCGCUGCGUGACUAUUGACUAUCGAAAAUCAAAAAACGGAAAAAAAAAAAAAAAAGACUGAUUAUUUUGUGAUUAUUUAUUUUAUAUAACACGCAAAAGAACAGUCACAUCCACCUCACAGUUUGUUGUUUUUUUAAAUAUGUAAUUGAUUCGAUGAUUCAUUUUUCUGACUUUUCAGAGUCUGUACUUUUUUCCACUUAGAGUCAGAUCGGUACUUGUACGUUUACCAGUCUUUUUUUUACACGUGUGUACGUCUACUUAAGUAGACGGCACUUUUCUGCCGUCUGUGAAAUGCCGGGAGAAGAGUGAAACACAUUAACACUGCUGCUGUCAGCCACAGCUCACACGCAACACUCACACAGAGAGUCGCCAAUGUUACAAAAUGUACAGUAACCUAUAAAAUGGAUGCUGCCAUUUUUUUUGUGUGUGUGUGUGUGUGUUCAAACGCAUACAAAAAGGGUUGUUUUAACAAGUUCAAACUAUUAAUAGGUUAAACCAUAACAAAGAUAUAUAUUUUGAAUGGCCUCUCUCGCACAGAUUUCCACCUGUUGCGAUUGUAUCCGCAGCCAAAAAGAUGGAACAUUUUCUUUCAUUUAAAAAAAAAAAAGAAAUCAGAAAAUAAUCAGUCACUUUUUCACAUUUUGAUUUUCGAUUGCCAAUUGAAAGUGGAAAGAACGAAUGCUAGCUUGUAUAGACCUCUCGCUGCCUGUUCUCCACCACAUUGUACCAAGACUUUAAAUUAUUUUAUACUUUUUCUCUCUCUGUGUUUCUCUCGAUGAAGUGUUACCAUGACAUUCCCUUGUGUAAUCGCUCUCUUGUGCUUGUGUCCUGUGCUCGGAGAUGUUGUGUUAUCAUCACUGUAUCAACGUGUGUUUGUGUGCGCGAUGGCCUGAAUGUGUGCGCGAGUGUGUGUCACGUGUACAGAGUUGUCCUGCCAAUAUUCAUGUCCAGUACAUAAACACUAAAUAUAGAAGACGUAAUCCCUGUGUCA